ACAUCACGCGUUUUUUCAAUAUGGCAGCGUUGUUGUGGAGUGCGCGCCGAGCCGAGCUGCAGCAAUGUCACAUUACCUCGUGUGUUUCAGCUGUUAUUCCCCGUAUCUAUAAGUCAUCAGCGUUGUAGCGAUUACCUGUGACAACAUGACUCCUCCCAAAAUGAAGAAACUUGAGAAACCUCACGAACAUCAGCGACUGUACAAAUUGUCCCACCAGGUGCUGUGCAUCACGAGCAUAAACUUCCAGCGUCAAUCGCUAAUUGGUUUUGUUGAGUUGACCCUGUUUCCUACCAAGUCCGACCUGCGAUGGAUCAGGAUCAACUGCAAGCAGAGCCGUGUCUACCGGGUCCGCGUCAACGACCAAUUCGAAUGUGCAUUCCAGUACAAUGACCCAACGUUGGACGUGUGCCCGGGAGAAAACAAAGUACGGAACAUUGACACCUUCUCGGCAGCCCACAUGGCAGCCGUUAAGCAUGUCGACCCUGGCUACGGAAAUGGAGAAAUUUCUGUCAGAAUCCCCUCAGAAGCUUCUCACCUCGUCCAGGAGGGCAAAGCUCUGCGAGUCAGCGUGGAGUUCUCCUUGGAGAAGCCGCAGGGUGGCAUACACUUUGUGGUACCCGAAUGCGAGGGAACAUUUGCUGAGCGUGGUGUCCAUCUCUUCACCUAUGGCCAUGAAAACUCUUCGAGGCUGUGGUUCCCGUGCAUGGACUCGUAUGCAGACCCCUGCACGUGGAAGAUGGAGUUCACGGUGGACUCCAACAUGAUCGCUGUGUCGUGCGGGGACCUUGUGGAAACUGUGUACACGUCGGACAUGAGGAAGAAGACAUUUCACUACAACCUUACCACGCCUACGUCAGCACCCAAGAUUGCACUGGCUGUAGGGCCCUUCGAGAUCUUUGUGGACCCACAGAUGCACGAGGUGACACAUUUUUGCCUCCCGCACCUGCUGCCCCUCCUGAAGCAGUGCACCAACUUCCUCCAUGAGGCUUUUGAGUUCUACGAGGAACUCCUGUCGAGUCGGUACCCGUACUCAUGCUACAAGCAGGUGUUUGUCGCUGAGGCCUACGUUGAUGCAGACCCAUAUGCAACGUUGACCAUCCUGAGUGUCAACCUUCUGCAUUCGAAGCACAUCAUCGACGAAGCAUACCUUUCACGCAAGAUAAUGGCCAAGGCGGUGGCCGAGCAGUUCUUUGGCUGUUUUAUUGCUAUGCACACCUGGGCUGACUCUUGGCUGCCAAAGGGGAUCUCCGCGUAUCUCGCCGGCCAGUACAACAAGAAAGCAUUUGGAAACAACGAGUACAGGUUCUCAGUUCACAAGCAACUAAAAGAAGUGACAGCCUACGAACAGGAAGCAGGCGGCAUCAUACUGGACCCCAGUGGAUGUGACAACGUGCCUUUCCACUUCCCCGUCACAAACCUGCACACGAUGUCACCGAAGUACGCCGAGAUGUUGCGGGCCAAAUCUCACCUCGUCAUUCGCAUGCUCGAAGACCGCAUCGGAAGAGAGCUGCUUUUGCAGGUGUUCAACAAGCUCCUUUCUCUCGCAAGUUCUGCAGCUCAGCAGAAGGUCACUUCUAACAUGUGGCACAACAUGCUUCUCUCGACGAACAGCUUCCAGAAGGCAAUUUUUAUAGUGACUGGAAAAGAUAUCAAGACGUUCUUGGAGCAGUGGGUGCGGCAGGGUGGUCAUGCAAAGUUCCACGGCACGUUUGUCUUCAACCGCAAGCGCAACACAGUGGAGCUGGAGAUAAAGCAGACUGACACACAGUCGCUGGGCAUCAAGAAAUAUGUGGGUCCACUCACAGUUACCAUCCAAGAGUUGGACGGCACAUUCAAGCACAAUCUUCAGAUCGAAGAGAAUGCCACCAAGCAUGACAUCACUUGCCACUCAAAGAGUAGGAGAAAUAAGAAAAAGAAAAUUCCACUCUGCACUGGUGAGGAGGUGGACAUGGAUCUCAGUGCUAUGGAUGCCGAUUCUCCUGUGCUCUGGAUCCGAAUCGACCCCGACAUGCUGCUUCUGCGGCAGGUGGUGUUCAUACAACCCGACUACCAGUGGCAGUACCAGCUGCGCUAUGAACGGGACGUUACGUCUCAAAUUGAGGCAAUUGAAGCACUAUGCAAGUUUCCCACUCCCCAGACUCGACUUGCACUGACGGACACCAUCGAGAAUGAGCACUGCUUCUACAGGGUGCGAUGCGCUGCUGCAUUCUGCCUGCGCCAGGUGGCCAACCACAUGGUGUCAACGUGGGCGGGGCCACCGGCGAUGAUGACCAUCUUCAGGAAGAUGUUUGGCUCACACUCAUGCCCGCACAUCAUCAGGCAGAACAACUUUUCAAACUUCCAGCACUACUUUCUCCAGAAGGCAAUUCCUGUGGCCAUGGCAGGUCUACGAACCAUCCACGGUAUCUGUCCACCAGAAGUCAUGAAGUUUCUCUUCGACCUCUUCAAGUACAAUGAAAACAGCAAGAACAAGUUUUCCGACAACUACUACCGCACUGCUCUCAUCGAAGCCCUUGGCGAAACAGUGACACCAGUUGUGUCCGUCCUGGCUCACGCAGGCCAGCCAAUCACCGUCGAAUCACUAUCGGCAGACACCAAGCUGAUCCUGGAGGAAAUCACCCGCUGCCUCAACCUCGAGAAGCUCUUGCCUUGUUACAAGUACACUAUAACAGUAGGGUGUUUGAAGGCUAUCCGCAAGCUGCAGAAGAUGGGUCACCUUCCCAACAUAUCCGCGCUGUUCCGCGAGUAUGCCCAGUACGGACUCUUUCUCGAUGUCCGUCUGGCCGCGCUGGAGGCUCUUGUCGACUACACGACAGUUGAUGGAAACGCAGACGACCUCAGCUUCCUGUUGGACAUUGUGGAAAAUGACCCAGUGCCUCGUGUCAGAUUGGCCCUGCUGCUGAUGCUGACGCAGAACCCACCGUUCUCGCGACGCGAUGACAGCCCAUUCAACACCGAAGAGCUUGCCGAGAGGCUGUGGAAGCUGAUGAGUUCCGGGCUCUCUCAUGACUCACGCCUGCGAUGUGCCGUGGUGGAUUUGUAUUACGUUUUGUAUGGAAAGAGCCGACCGUCAUGCCUGCCAGGUCCCGACGCCAACCGUUCAUCAUUGUCUAUGGUGCUCAGCCUGAAAGAAAAGAAGGCCAAGUUCCAGGCACCUGCAGCUCCUGAGGACGACUUCUUUUCGAUGAAACUUGAGCAAGGCAGCAUUGUGUCCGGUGUGGAGCUCCUGGCCGAGGCUGCCCUCACUGCGACCGAGCGGCUCGACACGCAGGUGAUUCUCCUGCAAGACGCUGAGCACAUCAAGACGGAGGAAGAGGCUCUUGUGACCACACAGUCGCUGGAGCCCGCAGACACCGAGAUCGUCCAGGUGGAACAAGAAGAGGUAUUCAUAGGGGUCGACGAACAGCAGUCGCAGCACGAGCCGCCAGCCGAGCCAAAGACGGAGCCGGUCGAAGUAGUUGAGCCAUUGCCUAACGAGCCAGAGGUUGCUGCCCACUCGGACAUGGAGCACAUGGAGGUCGAAGCUGAGGAGCCAGAAGUUGUUGCGCCGGUGCAGCCACAAACGUCGGCGCAACCGCAGCAGAGGGAGGCGUCGCAUAGCAGUGCAGAGUCUGGUCCGGUGGCCGCACCUCUGGUCCCGAUUCAGCCCACUGACAUCAACUACUCCGAUGACUCACAGUCAAAGUCGCUACCAGGGCUUGCAGGUACCUCGACUCACCACCAGCCGACAGGCUUCGAUUCCAGCAUGUUCAAGAUGGGCACGCCGCUUCCAGAAAUUUCACAGCCACAAGCCGUUCACGCAGACGUCGGUGCACCGGCGCCUCCUUACCCGUCCCCUGUGGUACCAGUGGGCGUGUUUUCACUGUCCGUUACGCCAUCUACUUCACUCGGUGGGGUAUCGUCUGCCACGGGCGGCGAAGCAGACGACGCCGGUGGCGGCGCCAGCGUCAGUUCUAAGGUGCACAAGGACAAGAAAAAGAAGAAGAAGAAAGACAAGAAGCACAAACACAAGCACAAGCACCGCAGCCACGACCGACUGCUGGAGAAGGAGCGCUUCUACAGCUCGGGGGGCAGCACCAACCAGUCACCGGCGCCGUUCGGAGGCGGCGCGUCGAGCAGCCCUCAGCACGAGAUCAUCUGAGCACCACUAAUGGCAUAUGAGGAGAGUGGGGCUGUGCUGUUGAUGUUUAUAAUGUACAGUUACACCUUUUAAAAGCCUGAGCAGUUUCAGGAGUCCAGGAAGAGACAGCGCCGAAAAGAAUGGUGUCGGCAGACUGGAGAGAUGGGAACUGUUUUUUGUUUCCUGCGGACAAUUAUCGAUUCCUUAAAAGGAACCCUUGUUUAGUUUUGUGUGUGGCACGGGAUAAGGAUAGUCAGCCACCAGCGCACCCUUCAGGCACAACCCACAGCCUUCGGCCCGAGAUCAUCAUUUGUGCGUGAGUGGUGGACUGGGAGCAGUUGUUGCGUACGACAUUUUGUGCGAUCGUUUGCUGUUACUGUGAGCAACACUCGUAGAGUGUGGGUACCAGUGCGGCAAGAAAGAGGUUGCAGCACCUUCCGGGGGCAACGAAAGGUGGAGAAGCUGCCAGCGUUCAAACCACCCGCACACCAUCCAGGCGUGUGGGUGAAACAAAUUGCCAACAGAUUAAUCUGUGUAGGCAGUCGUCGCAAGGUUUGUUCCGCUGCUUGGAGUUUAGUGCAAGCCAGCAGCUUUAGUCAUUCUUGGUCGAUGUGUUGAACGGCCCCCGGCACAAGUUCCUCGAAGUGCUGCUAGAGGGCCAAAGACAAGAAGGCCUGCUGUGGACAUUUUGUGUGGAUGGCUACUGUUUGUUUUCCAGCACUUCGCCUGGAGCAGAAGGUGAAAGUUUUGCAAAUAUGUGCUGAAUAAAUCAGUUGUGCGAGUCUGUUGAUCGAACCACCUUCAAGAUAGACAUUUGCCAGAAAUCCUGAGGAAAGCAUCACUUUAUAGAUAGCCAACCCUCCUGAAAAAGGAAUGCUUGGAAAUUUUCAAAGCGCAUUCCCACAUAUAACUUC